CUUCUGACGUAUUUUUCUUUCUCUUUGCUUCCUGCAGAUAUUAAAUAAUCUGCUUUCACCAUGGGAGAAAUAGAGCAGAGGCCAACUCCAGGGUCAAGACUGGGGGCCCCAGAGAAUUCGGGGAUCAGUACCUUGGAACAUGGACAGAAGCCACCCCCCAUGCCUUCAGGAAAACUCAUGUCCAUCAAAAUCCAGAUGCUGGAUGACACCCAGGAGGCUUUUGAAGUUCCACAAAGAGCCCCCGGGAAAGUGCUGCUGGACGCCGUGUGCAACCACCUCAACCUUGUGGAAGGAGACUAUUUUGGCCUCGAGUUUCCCGACCACAAAAAGAUCACGGUGUGGCUGGAUCUCUUAAAACCUAUUGUCAAGCAGAUUAGAAGGCCAAAGCAUGUUGUUGUUAAGUUCGUGGUGAAAUUCUUUCCACCUGACCACACACAACUCCAAGAAGAACUUACAAGGUACCUGUUUGCCCUGCAAGUGAAGCAGGACCUGGCUCAAGGCAGGCUGACGUGUAACGACACCAGCGCUGCCCUCUUGAUCUCACACAUUGUGCAAUCCGAGAUUGGGGAUUUUGAUGAAGCAUCGGACAGAGAGCAUUUAGCAAAAAAUAAGUACAUACCUCAGCAAGAUGCCCUAGAGGACAAAAUUGUGGAAUUUCACCAUAACCACAUUGGACAAACACCAGCAGAAUCGGAUUUCCAGCUCCUGGAGAUUGCCCGUCGGCUGGAGAUGUAUGGGAUCCGAUUGUACCCGGCUAAGGACCGGGAAGGUACUAAGAUCAACCUGGCUGUGGCGAACACAGGAAUUCUAGUGUUUCAGGGCUUCACUAAGAUCAAUGCCUUCAACUGGGCAAAGGUGCGGAAGCUGAGCUUCAAGAGGAAGCGCUUUCUCAUCAAGCUCCGCCCGGAUGUGAAUAGCUCAUACCAGGAUACCUUGGAAUUCCUAAUGGCCAGUCGGGAUUUCUGCAAGUCCUUCUGGAAAAUCUGUGUUGAACAUCAUGCCUUUUUUAGACUUUUUGAAGAGCCCAAACCAAAGCCAAAGCCUGUUCUCUUUAGCCGGGGGUCAUCGUUUCGGUUCAGUGGUCGGACUCAGAAGCAGGUUCUCGACUACGUUAAAGAAGGAGGACAUAAGAAAGUGCAGUUUGAAAGGAAACACAGCAAGAUUCAUUCCAUCAGAAGCCUUGCUACGCAGCCUACAGAGCCGAAUUCAGAAGUGCCAAAACAAUCUCAGCAGAGUGCCAGCCUUACCCUCGGAGAAGGUGCUGAAUCCCCAGGCAGCCAGAGCUGCCAGCCAGGAAAGGAACUGAAUGUUUCCGCCCAGGAGAGCGGGCCGCCACGCAGCCCCGCUGCACAGAAGAGCCCGGCAGGGAGCACGCCGGCCGACGGAGCCGUCAGGGCGACGGUGGAGGAAGAGGAGGAGGUCGUUAAGGACAGGACCCAGCAGAGUAGACCUCAGCCCCCGCAGCCAAGCACAGGCUCCCUGACUGGUAGCCCUCACCUUUCAGAGCUGUCCAUCAACUCGCAGGGAGGAGCCGCCCCUGCCAACGCCAUCCUGUCCCCCAACCUGAGCCCCGACACCAAGCAGGCAUCUCCCUUGGUCAGCCCACUGCUCAACGACCAGGCGGGCCCUCGGACGGACGACGAGGAGGACAGCCGGAGAAAGAGAUUCCCAACGGACAAAGCAUACUUCAUCGCCAAGGAAGUCUCCACCACCGAGAGAACGUAUCUGAAGGACCUUGAAGUCAUCACUUCGUGGUUUCAGAGCACAGUGAGCAAAGAGGACUCCAUGCCCGAAACCUUGAAAAGUCUCAUAUUCCCGAAUUUUGAACCUUUGCACAAAUUCCAUACGAAUUUUCUCAAGGAAAUUGAGCAGCGACUCGCUCUGUGGGAAGGCCGCUCGAAUGCCCACCUCAGAGGGGAUUACCAAAGAAUCGGGGACGUCAUGCUGAAGAACAUUCAGGACAUGAAGCAACUGGCAGCUCAUCUGUGGAAGCACAGCGAAGCUUUGGAGGCGCUGGAGACCAGCAUCAGGGGCUCCCGGCGGCUGGAGAGCUUGUGCAGAGACUUCGAGCUGCAGAAGGUGUGCUACCUGCCGCUCAACACCUUCCUCCUGCGCCCGCUGCACCGGCUCAUGCACUACAAGCAGGUCCUGGAGCGGCUGUGCAAGCACCACCCGCCCAGCCACGCCGACUUCCGGGACUGCCGCGCUGCUUUGGCGGAGAUCACGGAAAUGGCCGCACAGCUUCAUGGUACGAUGAUCAAGAUGGAGAACUUCCAGAAGCUGCAUGAACUCAAGAAAGAUUUGAUUGGCGUUGACAAUCUUGUGAUUCCAGGAAGGGAGUUCAUCCGCCUGGGCAGCCUGAGCAAGCUCUCCGGGAAGGGUCUCCAGCAGCGCAUGUUCUUCCUGUUCAACGACGUCUUGCUGUACACGAGCAGGGGGCUGACGGCUUCAAACCAGUUUAAAGUUCACGGGCAGCUCCCACUCUAUGGCAUGACCAUCGAGGAAAGUGAAGACGAGUGGGGCGUGCCCCACUGCCUCACCCUGCGAGGCCAGCGCCAGUCCAUUAUCGUGGCUGCCAGUUCUCGGUCGGAGAUGGAAAAGUGGGUGGAGGACAUACAGAUGGCCAUUGACUUGGCAGAGAAGAGCAGCGGCCCCGCCCCCGAGUUCCUGGCCAGCAGCCCCCCCGACAACAAGUCCCCCGAGGAGGCGGCGGGCGACCAGGAGUCGGAGGACGACCUCAGCGCCUCGCGCACCUCGCUGGAGCGCCAGGCCCCGCACCGCGGCAACACCAUGGUGCACGUGUGCUGGCACCGCAACACCAGCGUCUCCAUGGUGGACUUCAGCGUGGCCGUGGAGAAUCAGCUGUCGGGGAACCUGCUGAGGAAAUUCAAGAACAGCAAUGGGUGGCAGAAGCUGUGGGUGGUGUUCACAAACUUCUGCCUGUUUUUCUACAAGUCACACCAGGACAAUCACCCCCUUGCCAGCCUGCCUCUGCUGGGAUACUCACUGACUGUCCCCUCGGAGGCCGAAGACAUCCACAAAGACCACGUGUUCAAGCUGCACUUCAAGUCCCACGUGUACUACUUCAGGGCUGAAAGUGAAUACACGUUCGCAAGGUGGAUGGAGGUGAUCCGAAGUGCCACCAGCUCUGCCUCCCGGGCCCACGUGCUGAGUCACAAAGAAUCUCACGUGUACUGAUGGCAGGACACGUCUGUCGGUUUGUUCCGGCAGCGGCGCCUUUCCUGGAAGAAACCUUCUCCUGUAUUAAUGAAGCCUAGUAAAAUUAACACCUGUCUGGAAAACAAAAACGUGGUUUCCCAGCAACUCUCAUCUGUCUCUGCAGAGCCGUUUUUCACCUUGUCUUUUCAGCUGUUAAUCUCUCAUCUGAAUGGGACCUCAGCCAUCAUUCUCUGGGUGGGCUGUCUUGAGCUUGUGCCAGUAUUAAAACACUGUCAUUAAUAGAGUGCCAAAUGACAUUUUUCCCUCCACAACUGCACCUUAAAAGCAGUGUCAACACAUCCAUUCAACCAAAAGACAGGGCAAGUGCUCUUUUUCUUAGAAGAUAAACACUUGAUUUCUAGGCUGCUGCAUUUUAAAAAAAUGGAUUUUCCAGUGUUUGUGAUACACGUGGCACAGUCUUAAGCAAAUGAGAUCAUUUUCAGAUUUCGUGUUUUUCUUCCCAAUCUUUCUACUUUUAUAAAUGAUAGAACGUUAGUAAGGUUUACAUCUUUGAUUAACAAGCAAUUUGCAGGACCCCACAUUCCACUCGGGGCUUGUGCUCCGGUGAAACGCUGGUUCCCAGACCUGCUGCUUGGCACAAGUUGACCAAAUUGUGUGAUGACUAUUUACAAGCUGUAGCGGGCUGUCUUCCUGUCACGGGAGGCAGGCGGCCGGCGCACCCUCGGGACCGUCAGUGUACUGUGCGUGGUAUGUCCGGUGAAGGUAGUAGCUGUGCUGUUUUGCUGUCUGUUUCAUGAGCACCUCUGUGUCAGUGACCGGCCGUUUGUGAGCUGUGACGUCCACGCGGGUCUGGGAGCCUCCGGCGGCCGCAACUGCACCAUGGGGCGGCGUCCUCCGGCUCCCGUCCCCGUCCCUCGAGCUCCCGUGACUGUGGUUUGGAACUGCACCCUCCGUAGUGGUAGAUACCGUGCCCGUCUCCAGAACUGUUCUUUUCUCCUUACACUCAUUCCCCCGGGCCUGGGGUAUGGACCGUAGGACACUGCACAUCCUUAAUAGUCGGACAACACAGGGAACAGGGUUCAUUAACCGCUGGGCCCGCCAGUCAAAAUCCAUUUGCCUCUUCUCUGUGGGGAGUGGGUGGCUGCUGGUCCCUGCGUCUUGUUAAGCCCUUUCUGAUGCAGACCCCAGAGGGGGUGACCCCCCCCACCACACUUCCCUUCCCCGAGACACACAGGGCAACCCCGACUGUGGAGCCGUGACCGGCGCACGUGGAAACGGCAACACACAAAUGGAUGAGUAGCUUGAGAUGUGUUAAUCAUUUGCCUUACAAUAUGUACCAGAUGGUUCUACGUACUAACAAAAGGGAAUAAAAAUACCUCACGCCACAAUCCAGCAUAUUGAAGUUUUAAGGCAAAACCACCAA